AUGAUGGAAUACGUCAAUCUAGGCAAGUCUGGUCUCAAGGUGAGUCACCUCGAUGCCCUCCGCGUCACGCUCACCUCUCUUUGGGUCUCCAAACUUGUGUUGGGCUGCAUGACAUACGGCUCUGGCGGCGAAUGGAUGAUCUCGGACCACGAUGAGUCAAUUCGACAGAUCAAGUACGCGUACGACAAAGGUAUCAACGCGUUUGAUACCGCCAACACCUACUCUGCCGGAGAGAGUGAGGUGAUACUGGGCAAAUUCCUGAAGCAGCACAACAUUCCCAGAGAAAGCGUGGUCAUCCUCACGAAGACUUUCAACACGGAUGGCAAGCUGGAAGAUAAAGGUCCGGCCGGCUGGAUCAAUCAAAAAGGACUGAGUCGAAAGAGGAUCUUCGCAUCCGUUGACGACUCGCUCAAGAGGCUUCAACUGGACUAUAUUGACGUCCUCCAAUGCCACCGGUUUGAUCCGGAGACUCCCGUCGAAGAGACUAUGCAGGCUCUGCAUGACGUCGUCCAAUCUGGCAAAGUCAGAUACAUUGGCAUGAGCAGUUGUUGGGCGUGGCAGUUCCAGCUCAUGCAGACUUACGCCAUCCACAAUCGGCUCACUCCGUUCAUCUCUAUGCAGAACCAACACAGUGCUCUGUAUCGUGAAGAGGAGAGAGAAAUGAUGCCCAUGCUCAAGCAUUACGGUAUCGGUGUCAUCCCAUGGGGACCUCUCGCCGCGGGAUUGCUCUGUCGACCACCCCAAGAACGAAAGGCCACGCCUAGAGGAGACAAAGGUCUCCCCAACGAUGGUCGAGGUACGUUCCCCUCGGAACUCGAAAUCAUUGCUCGUGUCGAAAAGGUCGCCAAGAAUCGAGGUGUCCCUAUGGCAGAAGUGGCCAUUGCUUGGUCUCUUCAGUCCGAAUGGGUCACGGCGCCUAUCGUGGGAGUAAGAUCGACGGAGCGCUUGGACGAGUUGAUCAAGGGUUUGCAAUGCAGACUCACGGAAGAGGAGAUCAAGGAGAUCGGAGAGCCUUAUCAGCCGGUCAAGGUUAGAGGCCACAAGUAG